AUGACAGCAGAAAACUCCAUGGACAUCAUCCCCAACAACAACAGUACUUCCAAUAGAUCUAGUUCAACAAGUGACACGUUGAGACUAUCUUCGUCGUCGUCGUCCUCCUUUUCGUCCGAGGUCUCCUUCUCGAUGUGCGGAGACGAGGCCAUUCGUGGCGACGACAAUCAGAGUCCAGCACAAGUGACGGCGACAAGACAGGCAGUGGAUCGUAACUUGCAAGCCAGGGGCACCCAAAGGAAAUACUUGAGGCGGGGCGUCCGUAGUCCCCGGAUGCUAGAGUUCCAUGUCAAGCAAGCCCUUGCUGCUAUGCAUACUAAAGACGGAAGUUUUGCAUCUCCAUAUGGUUCUCACCUCAGGACUUCGUUUCAAAAGAAAGUUAGAGUCAAGGUGGCUACUACUCCUGGACUCGAUCAAGCAACAGCUAAAUUAUAA